CGUCGGUUGAGCGCGCCUGUAACGUACAGCGUACAUCAGCGGCGGCCUGUGUUUUCACCCGAGCGCUGCAAUUUUUUGUCUUCGGUGGAGGAUUUGUGUCUACAGUCCGUCACCAUCAUGAAACUAGUCAGAUUUUUGAUGAAACUCAGCCAUGAGACGGUUACCAUUGAACUGAAGAAUGGCACCCAGGUCCAUGGUACCAUCACAGGUGUUGAUGUGAGCAUGAACACCCACCUGAAGGCGGUGAAAAUGACCCUAAAAAACAGGGAGCCCACUCAGCUGGAAUCACUGAGUAUCCGCGGCAACAAUAUUCGCUAUUUCAUCCUUCCAGACAGCCUCCCACUGGACACCUUGCUGGUUGACAUCGAGCCAAAGAUCAAGUCCAAGAAGAGAGAAGCAGUGGCUGGACGGGGACGAGGCAGGGGGCGAGGGCGUGGCAGAGGAAGGGGACGAGGCCGAGGUGGCCCGAGGAGAUGAUCACCAGGCUCUACGUUUGCUGGCCAACACUGUUUGUACAGGAUUUUCUUUUUUUCUUUUUCAGAGAAAACAUUUUGUGAAUUUUCAUGUUUUUUGUUCAGUUUUGUUCUUUCUCAUUUUGUACAUUAAAAUCCUUAUGAAAAGGA